AUGAGUUUGGGAAAUAGCUCUCUCAAAAAUAUCUGUGAUUCAACACAAGCUUUCCAAAGAAUGAACUUGGAUUACAAGUUUUCUACCAAUAAUACCACCAACACUUCCUCUACUCGAAAGAGAGUGAUUGAUGAUUGUGAUGAUAGUGAUGACGACGAAGUAUUCAAACGUACUAAAACACUUACUGGAAAUAAAAAGGUGCGACGUAGAUAUGACGAUGGAGGCGACGAAUCAUGCGAAAUUCGUAUGAACGCUACAUCUGCAUUGCGAGGACAAACACAGAAAAUGAAAACUCGCUUGCGAAAGCGUCGUAAUGCCCAUCUUCGAUAA